AAAUACAAAAUUACAAAUACCCAAAUGCAAAUAACCAGAUCCCCAUUUUAUGAUUCAUCGCUCUUCGUAUCCUCACUGGAUCUGUCACAGUUCUUCUUUCAAUCAAAACGAUCUGGUCCUUUGCCCCUAUUGGAUCUCCACAUAUAGCUCUGCUCACUCUUAGCAGAUCGUUUUGAGUAUUUUUCUUCAGCUCCAAAUCUAAGCUCGGGGAACCCCCAAACAAAAUGUUUAUCGUAGAUUGGUUCUAUGGGGUCCUUGCAUCAUUGGGUCUCUGGCAAAAGGAGGCUAAGAUUCUUUUCUUAGGUCUCGAUAAUGCCGGAAAGACCACUCUCCUUCACAUGUUGAAAGAUGAGAGAUUAGUACAGCACCAGCCGACACAGCACCCGACAUCGGAGGAGCUGAGUAUAGGCAAAAUCAAAUUCAAAGCGUUUGAUUUGGGGGGCCAUCAGAUCGCUCGUCGAGUCUGGAAAGAUUACUAUGCAAAGGUGGAUGCAGUUGUCUACUUGGUGGAUGCCUAUGACAAGGAAAGGUUUGCAGAGUCAAAGAGGGAGCUUGAUGCCCUUCUUUCAGACGAGGCCCUAGUGAAUGUUCCCUUUCUUAUCCUUGGCAACAAGAUUGAUAUUCCCUAUGCAUCCUCGGAAGACGAGCUUCGUUAUCAUCUUGGUCUUACCAAUUUCACAACUGGGAAGGGAAAGGUGAAUCUCACAGAUUCCAGUGUUCGACCUUUGGAAGUUUUCAUGUGCAGCAUCGUUCGCAAGAUGGGAUACGGUGAUGGCUUCAAGUGGCUCUCUCAAUACAUCAAGUAGAGUUUUUGUGUUUGGGGGGAGGAGGGAAAAAUAGCAUGUUACCCAGAAUUUCUUCUUCUGGGAAAUCUUCCAUUCCGUUUUUCCAUUGUCUGACUACAAUUAAAUUGAAAAAGUAAUUCCUAAUUUGUCUCUGUUAUUGAAGGUAGUAACUUUUGAGAAAAGAUUUGAUCAAUGGCAAUUUGCAAGUUUGUGUUUUUAAGGACA